GGGAGAAAACUGAAAAAGAGACUUUCAGAUAUUUGGGGUUCAUCAGGGUUCGUGGAAGUCACAUAUCUCUCCUUGUAAGUAUUUCCCAGACCUUAAUCUCGAUUGUUUGUUUCAAGGGUGAUUUCAUGAUUUUCAGAUCAAUCUUAAGAAUAGAUACGAUUAUGGAUCCCCUAGCUUUUAGUAGAAGUUUUGAUGAAAUUAUGCUGUAUUAAGUAGUGAUUUCAACUGAGAAUUAAGCUCGAUAUAGAUUCGUUAGAAUACUCUAACUAAAUUUUUCUGGAUUCUGAUUUCCUGGUUGAUUAGGAUCUACAGAUUAGGUUAUCAGAUCAAAAAAAAAAAAAUCUUGACAUUUUGAGUUGGGAAAGUGAAUUUAGUCAUGGAAGGUAAUAAAGAUGAAGCAAUUAGAUGUAUUCAGAUAGCUGAAUCAGCUAUUGCAUCUGGAGAUAAACAACGAGCAUUGAAAUUCAUUAAGAUUGCACAACGUCUGAAUAAAGAUAUAUCUGUUGAUGGUUUAUUAGCCAUAUGUGAAACUCUAGAUUCAAAAUCAUCAACAUCUCAAGAUAAUAAGGGUAAAACUGGAGGUCAGACUUCAAGAGAGUCUGCCUCGAGUAAUGGUAAUUUGGAACGAACUUAUACUGAAGAACACGUUAAGAUGAUUCGUGAAAUUAGGAGAAAUAAAGAUUACUAUGCGAUACUCGGUGUGGAAAAGAAUAGUUCUGUUGAAGAGAUACGAAGGGCGUAUAAGAAAUUGUCUUUGAAAGUUCAUCCCGAUAAGAAUCAAGCUCCAGGUUCGGAAGAAGCAUUUAAGAAAGUCUGUAAGGCAUUUAAGUGUUUGAGUGAAGAUGAUUCGAGAAGGCAGUAUGAUCAGGUAGGUUUGGUGGAUGAAUUCGAGUAUAAUCAACAGCAUAAUGUUAGGAGGAGAACUAGAAGACAUACAAAUGAUAUUUUUCAUGAUGAAUUUGAUCCAGAUGAGAUAUUUAGAUCAUUUUUUGGUCAAGCAGAGAUGUUUCGCACUGCUCAUGUUUACAGGACUAGAGGACCAACUAGUCAACAACGAGAACAUGUUCAGGAAGGAGGUUUUAAUUUUAUGAUUCUUCUUCAGCUGUUGCCGUUCUUGAUUAUAUUCUUGCUUGCAUAUCUUCCUUUCACCGAGCCGGAUUACUCAUUGCAGAAGAAUUACACGUACCAGAUACCAAAGGUGACAGAGAAUUAUGGUGUCGAAUAUUUUGUUAAAUCAUCUGAUUUUGAUCACUCUUACCCUGCGGGAAGUCCUAAUAGAGAAAAACUUGAGGAUACUGUGGAGAGAGAGUACAAAAAUAUACUUUCACGUUAUUGCCAUGUAGAACUUCAAAGGCGUCAAUGGAACAGAAAUUAUCCCACACCUCACUGUGACAAGCUACAAAAUCUCGAAGUUUCGUGAAGAGGUUAUAAAUGACUGGAAGUAGCAAAUGAACGAGUACUUUUUUCUUUAGCAGACAAAAGGAUAUUCAGGAGUUUUCUUGAUAAAAGCAGAUACAUCUUCGUUUUGUGGUUUAUCCAUUGGAGUAACUAACUCACCUCGUAAAUCAAGGAACUACUAUUCCAUAUUUUUCCAGGUUCCUUCAGUGAUGAUCCAAGGCUGUAGCCAUGCAUUCCCUGUCAUCCCAGAAACACUUAGCAUUUUGUAUGUGGUGAAAAAGAAAAAGCUUCUAGCCUGCUGCCGCAUCUGGAAAAACAGAUUAUCAUAUUUUCAUGUAUGACAGUAAAAACAUAGAAUAUAUUAUUUUUGUAUUGGCUUUUUUUUUGUAUUUUUAGUUUUUUAGUAAAGGAUGCUUGGUAGCAAAUCCAUGAAAAUCAUGAACAGUUCCUCA